GCCCGCGGCCGGCUAGGGCAGAGGAACCGGAGCCGCAUCUUCUCUCUUCUCUGGCGCCCUGGCGAGCCUCAUGAAGCCCCCGCUCUCGCGUCCGCAGCUUCUCGGCUUCCCAGCUGCCCCGGGCAGGUCCAGGACCCGAGCCUCGCUCCUCAGCGCCUGAGAGCCUCACAGCCGGCGGCGGGAUGCUCUGCUUCGCCUGAGAGCGCCGCGCCGCGCCCGGGCGGGAGCACCCAGCGGACGGAGCCGCGCGCCCCCGGGAGUACAGAGCUCCCCACACUGCAGCCGCAGCCGCAGCCGCGCGCCUCGGCGCCGGCCUCCCCCCGCGUCCCUCGCAGAUCCCGGCUCGGCGAGCGCGGGAGUGCCGCGAGGCCGCCAGCCAGCCGCCCGCCUCGGCGUCAGGGGCAUGGAGGAGCGGCGGGCUCCGAGCCGCGCCCCGGAGUCCCCGAAACUUCCGAGCGGGCGCGGGUCCGCGCCGCUGCCGCCGCCGCUUCGCCUGCUGGCCUGAGAGCGGGACCAUGGAUGAAAGGUUCAACAAGUGGCUGCUGACGCCGGUGCUCACGCUCCUCUUCGUAGUCAUCAUGUACCAGUACGUGUCCCCUUCCUGCACCAGCUCCUGCACCAACUUCGGGGACCAGCCCCGCGCGGGGGAGGUCGGUCCGCCCGCCGCCGCCUUGGGCCCCGCCCGCCGGGCACAGGCGCCGCCCGAGGAGUGGGAGCGGCGGCCUCAGUUGCCCCCGCCGCCCGGGGGGUCCCCCGAGAGGCCUCGGGGCGGCGCGGCGCCUGAGGAUGAGGAAGAGGAACCGGGGGACCCCGAGGAGGAGGAGGAAGAGGAGGAGGAGGAAGAAGAGCCGGACCCCGAGGCCCUAGAGAACGGCUCACUGCCCCGGUUCGUGCCGCGCUUCAACUUCACCCUGAAGGACCUGACCCGCUUCGUGGAUUUCAAUAUCAAAGGGCGCGACGUGAUAGUGUUCCUGCACAUCCAGAAGACUGGGGGCACCACGUUCGGCCGGCACUUGGUGAAGAACAUCCGGCUGGAGCAGCCCUGUAGCUGCAAAGCGGGCCAGAAGAAGUGCACCUGCCACCGGCCGGGCAAGAAGGAGACGUGGCUCUUCUCCCGCUUCUCUACCGGCUGGAGCUGCGGGCUGCAUGCCGACUGGACUGAGCUCACCAACUGCGUGCCGGCCAUCAUGGAGAAGAAGGACUGUCCCCGCAACCACAGCCACAGCAGAAAUUUCUAUUACAUCACAAUGUUGCGGGAUCCGGUGUCGCGUUACCUGAGUGAGUGGAAACACGUCCAGAGAGGGGCGACGUGGAAAACCUCUCUCCACAUGUGUGAUGGGAGAAGCCCCACGCCCGAUGAGCUGCCUACCUGUUACCCCGGGGACGAUUGGUCUGGGGUCAGCUUGCGCGAGUUUAUGGACUGCAGCUACAACCUGGCAAACAACCGCCAAGUGCGCAUGCUGGCUGACCUCAGCCUGGUGGGCUGCUACAACUUGACUUCCAUGAACGAGAGUGAGAGAAAUGCAAUCCUGUUGCAGAGCGCGAAAAACAACCUGAAGAACAUGGCGUUCUUCGGACUCACCGAAUUCCAGAGGAAGACACAGUUUCUUUUUGAGAGGACAUUCAACCUCAAAUUCAUCUCCCCCUUCACGCAAUUCAACAUCACGCGGGCUUCCAACGUGGAGAUCAACGAGGGCGCCCGCCGGCGCAUUGAGGAGCUAAACUUCCUGGACAUGCGGCUUUAUGAAUAUGCAAAAGAGCUCUUCCAGCAGCGCUAUCAUCACACCAAGCGGCUAGAGCACCAGAGGGACCGCCAAAAGAGGCGAGAGGAGCGGAGGCUGCAGCGGGAGCAUCGGGGCCACCGGUGGGCAAAAGAGGAUGGGGCCUCAGAGGGGGCUGUCACCGAGGACUACAACAGCCAGGUGGUGAGAUGGUGACCCCCUGCCCUCUCCUCUCUCGGGCAGGGGAGGACAAGCAGGAGCAUUAACCUGUUGCAUUGCCUUGGAGAGUGUGCAAGAUGGGCCGUUCAGAGGACAGCUGGCUGUGUGUGGCUUGAUUUGGACUUCUGCUUCCCCUUUGUCUUCCUUUUGGUCCAUCUGGAGAUUGUCCAUCUUGGUUUUCUUUCUUUCCUGACAUUUUUCAAUCAGUGAUAUUAAGAAGGAUAAGAUGUGUCUAACACAGACCGCUUUAGAAGGUCAAGGAGAGAAGUACAAAAAAAAAAAAAAAAAAAAAAAAAA